GGGAGGCCCCGGCCCCCAACAGCCUCGGCGCCCUGAGGCCCCGGCUCCUCACGUGACCCGGGCGCGAGCCGGCAGGGCCCCACGUGCGCGCUCUUGGAGGUCAGCCGGCAGGCCGGCCGGCCCUGGGCCCCAGGUGGGGUGGGAGGAGGACGGCCGAGGCCCCCCAAGCCUGAUCAGGGCACUCCCCCACGUCGGUCCCCGCCGCAGCAAGUUCCUUUCCCUCUCUAAGCCUCAGUUUCCCCUGUGAGAAACGGAGCACCCUGCCAUUCUCAGAAGUCCAACGGCUGUCCACACAGAGCCAGGGAGAACAGGCCCUGUCCACGAGGCUGUGGGAAGGAAGAGGGGACACCGCUGCCGAGUCUGGUGCCUGAGCAAAGACGUGGCUGGUGACAGCAUGACGAGCGAGGUGAUCGAGGACGAGAAACAGUUCUAUUCCAAGGCCAAGACGUACUGGAAGGAGGUCCCGGCCACCGUGGACGGCAUGCUCGGGGGGUAUGGCCACAUCUCCAGCAUCGACAUCAGCAGCUCCCGGAAGUUCCUGCAGAGGUUUCUGAGGGAAGGCCCAAACAAGACGGGAACCUCGUAUGCCCUGGACUGCGGAGCCGGCAUCGGAAGGAUCACCAAGAGGCUGCUCUUGCCUCUCUUUGGAGUGGUGGACAUGGUGGACGUGACGGAGGACUUCCUGGUCAAGGCUAAGAGCUACCUGGGUGAGGAAGGCAAGAGAGUGAGGAACUUCUUCUGCUGCGGCCUCCAGGACUUCAGCCCGGAGCCUCACUCUUAUGACGUCAUCUGGAUCCAGUGGGUGAUAGGCCACCUGACUGAUCAGCACCUGGCCGAGUUCCUGCGGCGCUGCAGGCGGGGACUUCGCCCCAACGGCAUCAUCGUCAUCAAAGACAACAUGGCCCAGGAGGGCGUGAUCCUGGACGAUGUGGACAGCAGCGUGUGCCGGGACCUCGACGUGGUCCACGGGAUCGUCCGCAGCGCGGGCCUCAGCCUCCUGGCCCAAGAGCGGCAGGAGAACCUUCCGGAUGAGAUCUACCACGUCUACAGCUUAGCCCUGAGAUGAGCGGGGCUGGCAGGAGAGAGGGACCAGUGUGUGGGGGAGGGGACUGGCGGCCGCGUGAGGUCCACGAGCUCAGCCUCGACGGUUCGGGAGUGUCGAGCGGGGCCGCCAAAUAUACCUGUCUGCCGUCCACU